AUGACAACCACAGCUGAAACUUAUCAUCCUACUUAUAAGAAUUCAUUAAUUGAUAAUGGAAGUUUAACAACAAAAGAUGACGACCCCUCGUCGAUUGUUGCUAAUGUUACAAUUGAUGAAUUAGUUGAAUCGUGUUGCAAUGAAGUAUUACCUUCAUCAUCAUCAUCAUCAUCAUCUAGUCAAUUAAAUAGCAGUAGUGUAUCUCCAUCACAUCUGGUACGAUUUGUUCACUCACAAUCGUCACUCGUCAGUCAGAUAGAUGAAACAAUAAAUACUACUGUUCAAGAAUCUCCAUCCAAUUCAAUCUUAUCUAGUCAAGAUACACCAGUCAAGCAACAACCACCAUUGAUUAAUGUCACACGUUUACCAUCACCAUUUUCCACCAUUAAACCAAAAACCAUCAUUGAAUCGAGUAAUUCAAUGCACAACACAACAAACCUAACAAAUAUCACAGCAAAUAAUAUCAGUGUGAAUAAUUAUAAUGUUAAUAUUCAUACAACUAAUGUCCAGCAGCCAACUCAAACAAUAAUCAACAAUACGUCAAAUGAUCAUUUGUCAAAAAAAUGUAGUCCUUUGGAUGAGAAACAAACUACAGAAAUCGUCACACAAAUAUUAAAGAAUAUCAAAGAAGUUGACAGCAAUACCGAUCAACAAACGACAACUACAACGAAUUACAAUAUUCAUAUUGAUUCGUUUAAUUUUUCUUCAUCAAAUGAACAACAAACAAUUAUCAAUAAGAAAACUCGAAUAAAGAAAGAAGCGAAAGCAUUGACAAGAAUUAUUGUUAAAGAUGAAUCAACACGACCGACGUCACCGAAUUUCUUGCGAAAUAAGAAAUCAGCAAAGAGUUCGCCAAACAGUCACAGUAGUGAUAGCCAAACAUCAGGAGAAUUCAUUCCUGUGCCAUAUGGAUGGCAGAGAAGAAUAUUAGCAGCGGAUCUGGUGGUUUAUGUCAGUCCAACAAAUGCAAUACUCGAUUCUUUGGAUGCUGUGCGUCGUUAUCUUGAAUCGCCAACAUCAUGCAAAUGCGGUCUUCAAUGCCCGCUGAUUGUCGAGAAGGUGUUCAAUUUUGAUUCGUCAAUUUUGGCGAAAUCCUGGGAAGUAACACAAGUUCUCGAAGGUACUAACUGUCGACAGAAAUCCAAUAUAUUAGAAAUGGCCACGUUGACAAACUGUAUUGAUUCAUUUUGUGAAACAGAUCCAAAACCAGUCAAACGUCGAAAACGAGUACAUAAUGAAGGAGUUAAUGGAAACGUUUUCGUAUGUGCUUCGAAUGUAACUGGAAAUAGUAAUAAUGAAUCAGUUGUGUUUGUUAAUAAUACCAGUCAAACAUCAGAGGGUAGUCAAUCGAUGACAUGGACACCUGUACAACAAGCAAACGUUACUCCGUCAUCGAAGCGGCCACGUGGUCGUCCGCGUAAAACGACUGUUACAUCGCCAACUAUUGCUCAACUUGCUGUUAAACCACCAUCCACUGAAGUUCAACAAGCACAACCUGUCCCAUCAUCGAUGCUUUCGCCACCAGCGUCUGUUUCGUCGAACUCUCAGACAAAUCAUCUGCAUCAAAAUUCGGUUUCACCAUCGACACAUGCUCAUAACAAUAUCCGUUACGUGAAUGAUAGCAUUGUCACACCACCGAUUUUUACUUCAACAACGGAUACGAAUGUCAUUGCACGCGUCCCAUCACUAUUCGAUCAAGUUAAAACAACAACGAACGAAUCAACAUUUGCUGUUCUCUCAGGUGUACAAAACGUUCUACUUUCACCAAAUCGAGAUUCAAACAAUAAUAAACGCGCGCGUGUUGAAUCAGCUUCAGCAGUUAUAGCAACAAACAAUACAACCAACAAACAGGUUACAUUAAAUGUAAACGCAUUAAAACCCGACUUUGUCCGUUCACCAGCUAUUGCUCAAAAGCCGUGUGUAUCAUCAACAACACCGACAACAAAUCCAACCGCAAUGUCAAAUCAAAUCGAUGUUAUUUCAUUGAUGGGUACAACAAAUCAAACACAAAUAAUGCUUCCUAAAGCAUCAACAACCAAUGAAGAAUAUCAAUUAAACAAAACAACUAAUGAACAAAGCAAUGAUUCAUCACAACCAUUGAUGAUUGACUUUAACGAUCCCUCGACAACAAAUUUUCUCUUAUCAGCUUUAGCGUCGGGUGCAUCAUCGGAUUCCAAUGCUAUUGUUAAUCAUCUUUUUCAAAAAGCACAAACACAACAACAACGAACAACGACCACAUCGCCACCACCAAUCGCAACUGCAACAUCAAUUAAUACUGCAUCAAUUAUUAAAAAGAAACUACCGAUCAUUUCGUCUGGAUCGAAAACGUGUACAGAAACAACAAAUCUACUACCAACAGCACCUAUGCGACAGUCUGUUGUGCUUCAUGCUCCAUCAAAUAAUGACUACAACCAACAGACACCAGCCCAACAGAUUAUUUUAAACAAUAAUAAUAACACUGAAGAGCGAAAGCAACCGCAACAAAUCUUUUUUAUCAAUAAUAAGCCAUAUAUAAUUCAACAAAAAAUUACCAAUGAUCAAUCUUCUCAACAACGAUUGAUUUUGACGCCGUCUAUUACACCGUCCGAUGGUUUGUAUUUUUGCUAUUUUCACAUACAGACGAAUCAUCUUCUAUUGCAUGCUUCGUUUACAGAUUCUACUUCAUCAAAUCGGCAUACUGUUACUGUCAACAACAACAACAAUACUAAUUCAGCGAAGACGAACAAUCCACUUGGCCAAUCAACACUUGACGAUGGUGGCAACUGUCUUUUAUUAAAUGGGCCAGUGGAACCGAAAACACUUCGUACGUUAUUGAAAGGCUUAAAUUCAUCAUCAUUUUCAGGUGUUGAUAAUCUUAUUGACACUAUCAAUCGUUUUGAACAUACGACAUCAUCUGUUGAACAGCAUGAUAAUCUGUUAAUCAAAUCCGUUCGAACAACAAAGGCUAGUCCUGCGAAGAAACUCUCAGCAAAUCCAGAUAAACCCGCACCAAGACGUCGUACAACCAAGAAAGCUAAGCAAGAAGUAGAAGAUCAACAGCAGCAACAACCAAUUCAAAGGUCAAUGCCAUUGUUAUCUCAACCAAUUGUUGUUGAGCAGCAACAACAACAACAAUGGCAAACUGAUUUCAACUCAUUUGACUUUUCUACACCAUGGGGUAGUGAUACUAAUUUGAAUUCUCUUUUACUCAACGAUGAUUUUGAUACGGCUGCCUCAUUUGACGAUGUUAGUUUCGGCGAUUUCGAACCGUAUAUGACUGGCAACAAUAAUCUCAGUAAUAAUGAUUUAACAUUACCUUCAUUAUUUGUCAAACCAUUACCAUGCGAUAGUUUGCCAAGUGUUGAUCAUCUUUUACCUUAG